UGCAGAGUAAAUAUAUAAAAAAUGGUUAAACCGUGUUGGAAAAUAGGUGUUGGAAGUGAGGGAGGUAAGAGCAAUACCGGGCAGGUUGAUGGCCCGACAUGGUUUAAGGAUCUUGGCCUUCAUGCCUUUGGUGAAUUUUCCAUGGCUACGAUCCAAGCCAACGGUGUGAUGGAGGAUCAAUGCCAAUUCGAAUCAGGGCCAUUGAGCUUUACUGAUCCGACGUUUCAGGGCACGUUCGUCGGGGUUUAUGAUGGCCAUGGAGGUCCGGAAGCUUCCCGAUUCAUCUGCAACAAGAUCUUCCCCAAGUUAAAGAAAUUUGCAUCAGAGAAUUGGGAGAUCUCAGAGCAGGUGAUAAGAAAAGCAUUUGCAGAGACAGAGGAAGACUUUCUCACCAUGGUGAAGAAACAGUGGCUCAGGAAUCCGCAGAUGGCGUCUGUAGGGUCAUGUUGUCUGACGGGAGUGAUAUGCAAUGGAUUGGUGUAUGUUGCCAAUGUGGGAGAUUCACGGGCUGUGUUGGGCAGAGCCGAGAAAGGAAGAAGAGGAGUGAGAGCUGUUCAGCUAUCUGUUGAGCACAACGCCAACCUAGAGUCCGCAAGGCAAGAACUCUGGUCCAUCCACCCCGAUGACCCCAACAUUCUAGUGAUGAAGCACUGGACAUGGCGUGUCAAAGGUUUAAUACAGGUUACAAGAUCCAUAGGUGAUGCAUAUCUCAAAAGAGUAGAGUUCAACAGAGAACCUUUGAUGUCAAAGUUCAGACUACCUGAGCCUUUCACCAAGCCGAUCCUUAGGUCUGAUCCAUCUGUCACGGUUCACCAGCUUAACCCUGAAGACGAAUUCCUGAUUUUUGGUUCGGAUGGGCUGUGGGAGCAUCUUAGCAACCAAGAAGCUGUGGAUAUUGUACAUAGCUCCCCACGAAAAGUAAGUUCGAUGUCCUACCCAUCUCCAGUGGAAUAUCAACAUCUUACACGGUUAGCCCAUAAGAUCUCCUUAUUGAUAUUUCAACUGACACAGGGAAUAGCAAGGAGACUGAUCAAAGCUGCACUGAAGGAAGCGGCUAAGAAAAGAGAGAUGAGAUACUCUGACCUGAAGCAGAUCGAUCCUGGAGUGAGAAGACAUUUCCACGACGAUAUAACUGUUGUUGUGGUUUAUCUCGAGCCCGGGUUCACCAGAACAGGUCCUUGUGCUUCUCACCUGUCUAUCAGAGGAGGUCUCCACGUGCAUUCAACCUCAUGAAAGAAUCAUACCCGCUACAACUAUUUUCCUUAAUGCGUUAGACAAGGAGCUGGAGCACAGGGCAAUAUCCUGAAGAUCUAGCAGCAAUAGAUAUAAAAACAUGAAAUUGUGAGAAUCCAUCAUCUUAAAGAAAACAUGAAUUCUCCUCGAUACAAGAGGAAAACAAUGUAGAGUUCUCAGGUGCCCCUGUAUGCACAUAUGAUACAUGAGGGUACUUAAAAACCAUCAAUGUUAAUACUGGUGGUACAAUAUAGCAGAGAACCUGAAAAAAUUGGAUUCAUAAUCCUUGGUCCUUGCACAAGAUGCAAGUACAAUCAACGCACGCACAAGAUGACUGAACAGGCAUGCUUAGAAUGGAGAUGAAAUGGUCAUAACAAUUAUAACAUAAAAAGAAACACUAAAUAUUACAUUCCCUCGAACAAGUCAUCUGGCAUUGUGUUUGAAAUUGUUUGACACAAAGUCUUUGCAAAAGCGGGUGUCUAAAUUCUAUUACAAACAGAGAAUCUCAAUGGUUACAGUCAUAAAAGUCCCACCAUGGAGCUUCAGCUGCAGUCUGAAGCUGUCUCUGCCAACAGACGAUGGCACCCAGAGAGAAGGAAAUCAACGAGUACCUCUGUAAUGCUAAUGAGGUCUAUAAUAACAUUGGAAUUCUGAAGCAGCAGCUUGUGAAAUCAUAUGGAUAAGCAUGAUAUAAAAGGCGCGAAAAAGAAAAAAAA